UAGGAGCUCGAUAACGCGAUAUAUAGUUUGGUAAAGUCAGCUGACGCCAGGAUGCAAUCGGCCGUCGCUCGUGGACUGUAAUGCGAUCGCUCCGUUAUCGCGUGAGAUUGUAAGGAUCGCAUUUGCGGAAAAAAAACGCGCGUUCUCUCUUCUCGCGCGACCCGUCAAUCGAGUUGGGUACGCGAAGAACUUGUAUAAAUUUGGGUAUUGAUUAGAGAGCAAAGGAAGUCACCAUGCCGCUCAGUGCAGAUAUAUCUACAGCGCUCCACCUGCUGGAGCACGUGCAGGAACGGGUAGAGGAUUGCGACGAUCCUAAACUGCAGAUGCAUACGUCGCAGGAUUUGAAGUCAUUAAUUUCGUUGUUAGAGGAUCCAGUAUUUCGUAGCAUAGUCACGAUUCAAGAUUCCUUGAUUGAACUAAAUACACAACUGACGCAUCAUCCAUCUAUCUUGCCCGGCGACUUUGACAUUAACAUCAGCGGACAACUGGAGCUUUCCGUUCCGACUACACCGGUGCAACCUCUCGGACCGAAUAUGUAUCAAGACUUGUAUCAAGACAGCAGCGAGCUGGAAGAUCAGAGAGUUCCUGUCGCUCCGUUACUGCACAGUAGCAGCGAGGACACGAGCGCGCAGGUUACUAGUCCCAGUCUUGUUUCGGAAGUUAUGGGAAUGCCGCCUAUAACAACACCUACUUAUGCAAAGGAGUUUAAAAAAGUCAUCGAAGCUGCGGCGAAAGGACGACAAAUAUUUACAGUGCAGUUAUAUAAACCAGAAGGAACUAGUUUGGGAUUCAGCGUAGUCGGACUUCGAAGCAAGGAUAAGAACGAGGUUGGCAUAUUCUUACAAGAGAUACAACCAAACGGUAUCGCAGGCUGCGACGGUCGACUGUUAGAGGGAGAUCAAAUAUUGGCGAUCGAUGGGCAGCCCUUAGACUCAAACGUCUCCCAUGAGCAGGCGAUCUCGAUUCUUCAAAAGGCCCGUGGUCUGGUUGAGCUAGUCGUAGCAAGAAGCGCCCAAGACGUUGGGAGCUCUUUGCCAACGGAUGAAUUGUCCGGUGGUUCGAGUUCGACAGCGGCCGCAGGAGCAGCGUCGUCCAUCGUCGGCGGCGGCGGCGGUGCCGUUGCUGGAAACAACCAGACAAGCUCCGACAAGGAUCAAUCGGUGUCAGCAUCGUCCACCGUCGUUACACCGGGACCGACCCCGAAGUCAAGCCAGCCGGCCAGCACCACUUCGGCGGCGACCCCGACGCCCACGAAUACACCAACACCUACACCGACCUCGACACCGGUACCUGGAGGCCUCGUUAUCGAAAGGAGCCCCUCCGCCGUCAGUGACGCCUCCAAGAGUGGCUCUGACAUGGUGUUGAAUACGGAAUGGGCUCAAGUUGAAGUGAUAAAUCUCAUUAACGAUGGCAGCGGUCUUGGAUUCGGCAUCAUCGGCGGACGUAGCACCGGCGUCGUCGUCAAAACCAUUCUUCCAGGAGGUGUUGCCGAUCGCGAUAAUCGACUCCAGAGCGGGGAUCACAUAUUGCAGAUCGGCGAUGUCAAUCUCCGUGGGAUGGGAAGCGAACAAGUUGCCGCGGUUUUACGACAAUCGGGCACCCACGUGCGACUGGUCGUCGCGCGACCUGUGGAGCCAACUUCUCCCGAUUAUCAGGCCCUCGGAAGUCACGCCCCGAUCGUACCUACAAAAAUCCUGGGGGAUCCGGACGAGCUGGACAGACAUCUGGUGCACAGCGUACCGGAGAGCUAUAACAUGCGGCACGUGCAAAGGGGCGACAGUAACUACGACAAUGGCUACAUGUAUUCGCAGGAGUCCGACAUUGAAAUGCAUACAAGACCCGGUCUCAUCAUGGACGUGGUACGCAACCCAAUGCCAAUUGGAGCGAUGCCAGUUAUACCGGCGGUGCCACUUCCGGUGCAGCUUCAGGAUCUCCCGGUGCUCACCAUGGAGCCCCUCGACAUUAAUUCACUGCCAGAGAUGGAGCGCUUCGAAGUCGAUCUCACGAAGGACGCUUAUGGUCUCGGGAUUACUAUCGCUGGAUAUGUUUGCGAGAAAGAAGAGCUCUCUGGAAUCUUCGUUAAGAGCAUUAGCGAGGGUAGCGCGGCCGAUUUGAGCAAUAAGAUCCAGAUUAACGACCGAAUAGUGGAGGUCGACGGACAUUCCCUGCAAGGUUACACUAAUCACGAGGCCGUUGAAGUGUUAAGGCGCACAGGGCAGACGGUGACCCUCUGCUUGGAGCGAUACCUUCGUGGACCAAAGUUCGAGCAGCUUCAACAAGCGAUCGCCGCAAGCGAAUUGAGAUUACCUCAGCCGAGUUCACCGUCGAUAACGAGCCUACCUAGUUUCCCCAUGAGCGCAGAUGGAGAGACCACUACUGAAAUAGAGCCAGAAGGCGAAUCUCACACCACCGUGGACAGUGCAAUUCUGCAAGAAGGAGAACGUUUAAGAACGUCUGAUGAACAGGACGAGGCGACCAAUGUUGAAGCCCUAUUGAGUGAUCCAUCGAGCGAACUCACGCCUCAAAUUCGCGCGGCAAUCAAAGCGAAAUGGCAGAAGAUUGUCGGACCAGAAACCGAGAUAGUCGUCGCCCAGCUGAAGAAGUUUGCCGAAGGUAGUGGUCUUGGUAUUAGCUUAGAGGGAACGGUCGAUGUGGAGAACGGUCAAGAAGUAAGGCCUCAUCACUAUAUACGUUCGAUCCUGCCGGAGGGCCCUGUCGGACAAAACGGCACGCUGCGCUCUGGCGACGAGUUGCUAGAGGUAAACGGCUAUCGUUUAUUGGGCAUCAAUCAUAUGGAAGUGGUUAGCGUGCUGAAAGAGUUACCUAUACACGUUCGCAUGGUUUGCGGAAGAAACAUCGCCUCGCAAGAUCCACUUUGCCCCAUCGACACCGCUCAACAUCAAGCCGCUUUCCAAACUAGAAGUAUCCUCGGUGGGUCUCUGCAAAACUUGUUGCCCACGAUGGAUCGCCUUGUGAAAGCAAAGUCGGACGGUUCCUUGGCUUCGACGACGACCACGGCCACGGUGACCGACGCGAGUCUGAAUAAAAUGAAGUCGCGCUCGUUGGAACCGCUAACCGGUCUGGCGAUGUGGAGUUCCGAACCGCAAAUUAUCGAAUUGGUUAAAGGAGAGAGGGGCCUUGGGUUCUCCAUUUUGGAUUAUCAGGAUCCAAUGAACCCCAACGAAACUGUGAUAGUAAUACGAUCGCUCGUGCCCGGCGGAGUGGCACAGGUCGACGGGCAGUUAAUACCGGGCGAUCGGCUUCUGUUUGUGAAUGACAUCGGAUUAGAGAAUGCAACACUGGACCAGGCCGUGCAGGCCCUUAAAGGCGCCCCGAAGGGGACCGUUCGCAUCGGCGUGGCCAAACCGCUGCCAAUACCAGAUAGUAUUGUCCAGAGGGUGACACCGAAGAUCAAACGGAGCAAAAGUUUUCCCAACGAGAGUGAGACGACAGAUCACGCAGCCGAACUUGAAGACUUACUUUCUUCGAGAUCAGGACUGACCGAAACCUCGACGAACAAACCGGAGAUCGACGAGGACGAGGAGGAGGACCACUGGAAAGACGCUUCUCCGGUGACGCCGAUUUGCAGUCCAGUACGACGACCUGCCAAACUCUAUCGCGACAAAAGGUCCCCGACCAGAUAUAUCGAUGUCGAUAACGACGUCGAGAUUAUUCACGAAUUCUAUCCUACCACGUCCAAAACAAUGCGCGAGGAGACGAGCAUCGUGUCGUAUGGCGGCACGAUAAUCGUGGAAACGACGAGGAUACCCAGGCACACCAAGGAUGUGCCGACGAGGAUGGAAAAGGUGGCUCCAAAGGUGAAAUUAAAGAAGCAAUCGUCCUUGGAGCUGGAUCGCGUGCCUCCCGUUCAGGAAGAGCCGUCUUCCAGUGCGGAGGACACAUCCAGGGUCACCAUGACAAUGAGAUCGGUGCGAGAAACGGAUCAAGAACGUAGGAAAAGCCUGAAGCGUCAUAGCAGCGCAGAAUCCGAAGGGCGAACGUCCACGUCGAGGGAGACAUUGGAGAAGUCGGACACGUCGUCGGAAAAAGGUGCCAAGAAGAAGGUCUUCACGGAGAAGGGAGAUGGUAAGAAGCGAUCGAAAAAGUCGGGAAAAAAAUCCGUCAAGACUGAACGGAAGGUGGAGGAAGAUUCGUCGAGACGGAAACACGAAGGCGAAGAUUUCGCGAAGAAAGACGAGGAGACUUAUCGACGAUCGAGGGAGGAGAGGAAGAGUUUAAAGGAGCAGGAAUGCAUCGAGAGGGUGACGGAAUUCCUGACGAGGCAUAGCAUUCCGUCUUAUUCUGAUAUAAGCGUCAGCCUCGAAACUGCAGAACUCUCCGUUCCCGAAGUCGUAGAUGAACAACGAGUCAAACGUCCAUCAGCUAUUAGCAAAGAAGAGGAAACCAUGAGCCUCUCAACGACAAUCGAAACGUCCAUCGUAUCUACAAAGAGGAAAGAGAGCCUGAAAAGUGUAUCUGAGGUGGUGGAAGAAGCGAAAGAUUCUCUGAGAGACUCAAAACUCGCAAAGGACGUCAAGAGAUUCUCGGAGGACAAGAAACAAGGGCCAACUCUCGAACGAGUAGCCGUUUCAGAGAUUCGGCAAUCCGAACCGGCCGCGGCGGGUCAGCAACCCACGAAACGACCGAGCUCGUUGAGAAAAAGGAGAGACUCCUUCUCCAGAGAGUCCUCAAGAGAAUCAUUGUUGGAAGAGAAAAAGGGUGUCAGAAUUCAAGAGGACGUACAGGAGAUCUUCUUUGAUGAUACGAGCGACCAGAUGACCGACUUGUUGCCGGAGGUCCAGCUGGUGACUGCCAGGAUCAUUACGGCAGAAGAGGCGUCUGCGCUUCGCUUUGAAGAGGCAAUCACCAGAAUCGAGAUCCAUUCACCACCAGAAGUGCAUCUCAUUCCAGAGACGAUUAAAACGAAACUAACGCGGGCGCCAUCACCGGAAAUCGUCGACGCCUUGUCGUUGCAGCUGCCCGCAUUAGCGAAAUCGACGUCGGAGAGCACUUUGGCGGAAGGCAGGCCCAGCUCCGAUGAGGAUCGCAAGGUUUCUGUGAGAAAUCUGAGGCCAGAGAUUCUUUGGGAUCUGUCGAAAGUCUCCGAUAACGGCGAAAAAAUCGAGCAGACGGGCGAGGAUGGUAGAGACGUCAAGGAGAGGCGACUCAGCAGAACCGGAAGCGAGGGUUCGAAAAGAUUAGCCAAGGAUCAGAAGCAGGAACAAUUUCCCUUCAAAAUCGGCAGUCUGGCACAGCCAGACAGGCCGGAACUGAUGAUCCUGCACGAAGGUCUGACAGAGAAAACAGGAAGCGUCGGAGAUGUGACGAGAAAGGAAAGCAAGGAAGAUGAUGGCAUUUCAAGUGAGUUCCAAGUUCGAGGCGAGUCCAUCCGCGUUGCGAAGGACCUCGCAAUUCCUCGCGAAGUUGCCGACAGGGCGAUUCCGGCGCAAGAUUCUCGAAGAGAAGAACAAAAGGAGCCAUUAUCACGACAAGAAGCUAAGGAGGACGCGAGGGAGGCGCGUGGUUAUGAGCAGACGACCCUUUCGCGGGAGAAACGCUCGCCGUUGUUGGAGGAAGCGAUUUGUAAGCACGAGGAGGAUCUGAUCUGCAAGGAGCACUCGCUCGAGUAUCAAAGUCAAACGCUCGAGAGCCAAUCGGAUCAUUUGUUUCACGAGAUAUUUACCUCCUCGUUAGAGGACCUGCCUGAGGAAGUACCCGAGAGUUGGACCCGCGAAGUUUACUACGAGGAAAGUCUCGACGGGAUCCAGCACAGCUUCAAAGAAACGCAGUAUUCGCCCAAGGAGAAACGCGAUGUACAAACGCAGACUGUACAGGAGUCCAAGAGUACGCAGUGCAGCCCUGAACAGAGUGUGACAAGUCCGUGCGAGGAGCUACCCAGGAUCAGCCCCUUCCACAUCGGCCAGAGGUAUUUCCAGAGUCCCAGACGGGAAGUACAAACACAGACUCAGGGCGAGAAUAAAAGCGUUCAGUGCUCGUUGGAUGAUCUGGGUGAUCUGACGAGAGGCGACGCUGCAGAUCAGACGCAGGAGUCGAAGAGCAUUCAAUGCAUCCCGGAGGACAUCUCUACGAGAACGUCCGUUAGGUCGAGAUCCUCUUCCCGAGAAGACAUUCUGCGUAGUCCGCGGCGUGAGGUCGAGGUACAGACCUACCAGGAAUCGAAGGCGAUCCAAUGCAGCGACGACGAGCUGCUCGAGGCUGAUCAAGCGAGCGCCGAUCGUCCGGAGCACGCGCAUCAGAGUAGACCAGCCAGCUCGAUCUCUAGGAAGACUGAGAGCUCGCCUUCGUCGAGCUCGAGUUCGCCACGCAAGUUUCCGACUGUCGUCUUCGUGGAGGGAACAGGGGAUAUGACCGUCACACACAGGGAGCACGAUGGCGACGUCACCUGGUCGAAGCACUGGGGUCCCGAGAGACUGGUGGAGAUAUACAGAGAGCCGAAGACCAGCCUAGGACUCAGCAUCGUUGGUGGAAAGGUACGAUAUAGUUUAAAGGUGCGAUCUGGCAGUAUAUACAGGGGCGGUCUCAAGAUUGGAGAUAGAAUAAUUGAGGUGGACGGCGUCGACCUGCGGCAUAGUACACAUGAGCGUGCGGUGGAAGUUAUACAAGCUGCCGGAAAUCCUGUCAGCCUUCUCGUCCAGUCCUUGGUGAAUUUGAGUCCGGAGCACGGCGGCGCCGUCCAGAAGGAAAGGGAUUCCAAAACCCGAAGGCAAACCGUCAAGACUCAUACAUCGUCGUCUUCCGGUGUCAGUCCUGGAACGCCAACGACCUCUUUUCGCCAUAAACCACCGCCGGUUUCGCCCGCGAGAUCCAUCACGCCGGAAGUAAUACAGCCAGGAUUCGAGGACGGCGUUUUGCGCGGGGAUUCCCAGAGGCAAAGUUCGAAAAGUUCGGAUGGCUUGACUUCCAGUGCGCGAAGAUCCUCCAUGAAGAAGUCAAUUCGGAAAACAGCCCCGUCGCCACCCGUGAAUCAGGGUAUCCUUCGUGAGGUCAGUGAAGAACGAGAGGAUCAUGCGGCGACUGCCGUCACGGAGCCUCCCCAAAAGCCCAAGUACUCUUCAGAUGAGAGCUCGGAGGACGAGGAGGACACACGUAUGUUGGAGGGAAACGUCUACACGAAGAGCGGCAUCGAGAUCUCGCGGAGAAGCGCCGGAAACGUGAAGCGCACGAAGUCGGAGAUCGAAGCGGAUCCGGAGGAAGAGGACGAGUUCGGUUACACGACCAAGAAGGUUCAGAAGAGGUACCAGAAUCUUGGGCACAGGGUAUUGAUGGUCACCCUUGAAAAGGAUCGGCGGGGUUUGGGAAUUUCUCUAGCAGGACAUAAGGACAGAAACCGAAUGGCAGUGUUCAUCUGCGGCCUCAACCCAAAGGGUGCAGCUCACAAAAAUGGCGGGCUUCUUAUCGGUGACGAGAUAUUAGAGGUAAACGGCUACGUAUUGCAAGGACGCUGUCAUCUGAACGCUUCCGCUCUUAUCAAAGGCAUGGCCGGUACUCUCUUCAAAAUCAUCGUCUAUCGACGAUCGAAGGCUGUCGACGACAUCGCCGUAAAGCCGAUAGUCCAAUUUCCACCAACCUUGGAUGACGUUUAUAUAGAUUUCAAGAAGUACAAAGGAGUUCGUGACGUGCGAGUGAAGAAGAGUCAGUACGGCCUCGGCAUAAUGAUCAUCGAAGGGAAACAUCUAGCCGUAGGACAAGGCAUUUUCGUGUCCGACAUUCAAGAAGGCAGUGCGGCGGAACAGGCUGGAUUGCAAGUAGGGGACAUGAUCUUGGCGGUUAAUCUGGACAGCUUAUUAGGCCGCACGUACGAUGAGGCGACGGAAUUAUUGAAGAAAGCGGAAGGUGUCGUUAAGCUAGUAGUUUGCAAUCCUAACGAGAAUAAAGAACAGAAGGAGAAACAGAAGACUAAAGAACUUAAGGAUGAUUUGUUAACUUCGGUUGCACAGAAGACCCCGCAAAAGAGUGGCACAGUUUCGGCGACCGGCAAGGAACCAGUAGAACCUGAAGAGAAGAAGGUUCGGCAGGAUCCCAAGACUUGCAAGAUCCAAGUCGGCAAAGAAGCGACGAUAGAGUUUCAGAAGGAGAAGAACCAAGGUAUAGGUUUCUAUAUCGCUGGCGGUUCUAACACUCCUUGUAACGGGGUGUUCGUUCUGGACGUAUCUCCUGAAGGCGCGGCUGGGAAGGACGGCCGGUUACAACUAGGCGAUCAGAUUCUCAGCAUAGGCAAUGAAAGCUUCAUGGAAAUAGAGUACGACAAAGCUCGCGAGACAGUCCUGAAGCAAGCUCCUGGGACUAUCACGAUGACGGUGUUGCGUCAUGAGAAACCAGCCGAGGAAUACGAGGUCGAGAUACAGAAAAAGAGCGGUAAAGGAGCUGGUCUCUGUUUCGCCGCGUUCUGGAGCAACAAGGGGGUCUACGUGAAGGAGCUAACAGCGGGCGGUCAGGCUAUCGAAACCGGUAAGAUCUGCAAAGGUGAUCAGCUUGUAGCGAUUGGUGGAUUGGACGUCCGCGACGCUUCCUUGGACGACAUCGCCUUUCAUAUGAAGAUAUCUAAUCCGCUGCAAAUGAAGCUAGCUAGGUAUCAUUCCGCCAAACAAUGACAGGGUUCUGCGGGCGGAACUCUCAGCGUGUGUCCCGACGUACGAAGAAGCGCCUGCAGACACCGUGGAUUCUAGUGUGAUAUACGUAGAUAAAAUAACGUCUCGAUAAACCGUAAGAGUAUCUUUGUUACAAGAGCCGCGUAUAGAAUUGCGCGACUCGCUCUAUUAGUUACACGCCAGCGUCGCCAAUCGAUCUUGCCGUUCAAGCUCGCAGACUCGCGUGCGACGUAAGACAGAGACAGAGAGAGAGAGAGAGAGAGAGAGAGAGAGAGAGAGAGAGAGAGAGAGAGA